CGCGAAAGGGUUCGGAUUGUCGCGCGUCUGCUGUGGUGGGAAAGUGCCUCCUGCUCCCAAGUGCAGUCCCCGCGCCGGAUCAGCCCCGGGAGUUCACCCGCCGCUCCGCGUCCCGCAGGCGCCUGAGAGCUGCAGCUGUGUCUCGAGUCGUCCGGCGCCUCAGCCAUCAGCAGCGAUGCAUGUGAUCAAGCGAGAUGGCCGCCAAGAGCGGGUUAUGUUUGACAAGAUCACGUCUCGGAUCCAGAAGCUUUGUUACGGACUCAAUAUGGACUUUGUUGACCCUGCUCAGAUCACCAUGAAAGUAAUCCAAGGCUUAUACAGUGGAGUCACCACAGUAGAAUUGGAUACAUUGGCUGCUGAAACUGCUGCAACCCUGACUACGAAGCACCCCGACUAUGCCAUCCUGGCAGCAAGGAUUGCUGUCUCCAACUUGCACAAAGAAACAAAGAAAGUGUUCAGCGAUGUGAUGGAAGACCUAUUCAACUACAUAAAUCCACAUAAUGGCAAACACUCCCCCAUGGUGGCCAAGUCAACACUGGACCUUGUUUUGGCCAAUAAAGAUCGCCUGAAUUCUGCCAUUAUCUAUGACCGAGAUUUCUCUUAUAAUUACUUUGGCUUUAAGACAUUGGAGAGGUCCUAUUUGUUGAAGAUCAAUGGAAAAGUGGCUGAGAGACCACAACAUAUGUUGAUGAGGGUAUCUGUGGGGAUUCACAAAGAAGACAUUGAUGCUGCAAUUGAAACCUAUAACCUCCUUUCUGAGAGGUGGUUUACUCACGCCUCUCCCACUCUCUUCAAUGCUGGCACCAACCGGCCACAGCUUUCUAGUUGUUUCCUUCUGAGUAUGAAAGAUGAUAGCAUUGAAGGCAUUUAUGAUACUCUAAAGCAGUGUGCGUUGAUCUCCAAGUCUGCGGGGGGAAUUGGCGUUGCUGUGAGCUGUAUUCGGGCUACUGGCAGCUACAUUGCUGGGACAAACGGCAAUUCCAAUGGUCUUGUACCAAUGCUGAGGGUGUACAACAACACAGCUCGAUAUGUGGAUCAAGGUGGAAACAAGCGUCCUGGAGCAUUUGCUAUUUACCUGGAGCCUUGGCAUUUAGAUAUCUUUGAGUUCCUUGAUUUAAAGAAGAACACAGGAAAGGAAGAACAGCGUGCAAGGGAUCUUUUCUUUGCCCUUUGGAUUCCAGAUCUCUUCAUGAAACGAGUGGAGACUAAUCAGGACUGGUCUUUGAUGUGUCCAAAUGAGUGUCCUGGUCUGGAUGAAGUCUGGGGAGAGGAAUUUGAGAAGCUCUAUGAAAGUUAUGAGAAGCAGGGUCGUUUCCGCAAAGUCGUGAAAGCCCAGCAGCUGUGGUACGCUAUCAUCGAGUCUCAGACGGAGACAGGCACCCCCUACAUGCUCUACAAAGAUUCUUGUAACCGCAAGAGCAACCAGCAGAACCUUGGGACCAUCAAGUGCAGCAACCUGUGCACAGAAGUCGUGGAAUAUACCAGCAAAGAUGAGGUUGCAGUUUGUAACUUGGCAUCCCUGGCCCUGAACAUGUACGUCACGUCAGAGCACACAUAUGAUUUUAAGAAGCUGGCUGAAGUUACUAAAGUUAUUGUCCGAAAUUUGAAUAAAAUUAUUGACAUAAAUUACUACCCUGUCCCAGAGGCCUGCCUAUCAAAUAAACGCCAUCGUCCCAUUGGAAUUGGGGUACAAGGUCUGGCGGAUGCUUUUAUUCUGAUGAGAUAUCCUUUUGAGAGUCCAGAGGCACAGUUACUGAAUAAGCAGAUUUUUGAAACUAUUUAUUAUGGAGCUUUGGAAGCUAGCUGUGACCUGGCGAAGGAGCACGGCCCAUAUGAAACCUAUGAGGGCUGUCCAGUAAGCAAAGGAAUUCUUCAGUAUGAUAUGUGGAAUGUUACUCCCACAGACCUUUGGGACUGGAAACUUCUUAAGGAGAAGAUUGCAAAGUAUGGUAUCAGAAACAGUUUGCUUAUUGCUCCGAUGCCUACUGCUUCCACUGCUCAGAUCCUGGGGAACAAUGAGUCGAUUGAACCUUACACCAGCAACAUCUAUACUCGCAGAGUCUUGUCAGGAGAAUUUCAGAUUGUAAAUCCUCAUUUACUGAAAGAUCUUACUGAGCGGGGCUUGUGGAAUGAAGAGAUGAAAAACCAGAUUAUUGCGUGCAAUGGCUCCAUCCAGAGCAUACCAGAAAUCCCUGAUGACCUGAAACAACUUUAUAAGACUGUGUGGGAAAUCUCUCAGAAAACUGUACUCAAGAUGGCAGCCGAGAGGGGUGCCUUCAUUGAUCAAAGCCAAUCUUUGAACAUCCAUAUUGCUGAACCCAACUAUGGCAAACUCACUAGUAUGCACUUCUACGGCUGGAAACAGGGUUUGAAGACUGGAAUGUAUUAUUUAAGGACAAGACCAGCAGCUAAUCCAAUCCAGUUCACACUAAAUAAAGAGAAACUGAAAGAUAAGGAGAAGGCAUCAAAAGAGGAAGAAGAGAAGGAAAGGAACACAGCAGCUAUGGUGUGCUCUUUGGAGAAUAGAGAUGAGUGUCUGAUGUGUGGCUCCUGAGAAAAGACACGAGAAAAGACCAGUGUGUCUUUGAUAGCCAAACUACUUCUUCAGGAUAAAUAGGCAUGAUAGGUUUGUUUGAGGAGGUAAGGCUUAGCUAAACCUUAUUGCAGCAAAAGCAAUAAUUGAUAAAGUACUGUUUCUACAUAGCAUGAAGGUAAUGAUUUGGAAAAAAAAAUUGGCAUGGGAAUCAAAGUAGAGUUUUAGGAAUGCAAAAGAAGUCAUCUUGCAAAUAGGGAAUGAAUACGUAAAGUCUCAUCACCCCUUUUCUGAUGAAUUCUAUUUUGGUAAACGAGACUUAAUUUUGCAACUUUGGUGAAUCCUUAGAAGCAAAACUGAAUGAGAGGCACUGAUAAGACUUUUAUCUGUGUAAGGUCCCUAGGGCUUACUGAAAUAAAGAUAAACAUUUCUAA